GCGUGGCUGAGCGCCCUACGUCUGCGUCCGUCAAUAAACCUGUGGCCAUACAACCCGGACAAAUACAUCGCUCGCCAUUCAUCUCCUCAGCCUCUUCUCUUGCUGCCUCCCCACCGCCGCCGCGUCUCACGCUCUCGCCCGCGACUUUGCCAUGAACGGCACCCAUACCGCUCGCCAUGGCAGAACAGCCCAGGCGGGUGCCACCCCGCCCGCCCCCGCUGCAGCGCCGCCCGCUCCCCCGAACCACACACAUACGCCGGCCAACAACCGCCAGACUAACGGGGCAACAACAAAUGGCGCACAUCCGCCCCCGCAGAGGGGCAAGAAGAAGGCCGCUGAGCAGCCGGUCGAUCCUUCGCAAAUGUAUGAAACCCUCAAGAACCGCAUCGCCGCAUUGGAGGAGGAGGAAGUGCACGAGGAGGAAGAGGAACGCAGGUUCGCUGAGGAGGCACAGAACUCCGUGUCUGGCAUGGGGGAGAAUGCGAUCCAUGCCAAGUACAUUGAAUUGUUCGCGGAGUUCAAGCGAUUGGAACGAGAUCAUGCGAAGGAGAAGCAGAAGUUGGCGAAAGACAAGGAUGCGGCGAAGAACCAGUUGACGAAAGCGAACCAGACAAAGACGAAGAUGGAGAACCUGGCGCGCGAGUUGCAGAAGGAUAACAAAAGGCUACGGGAGGAUAGCAAACGGUUAGCAACAUGUGUAGAGGAGGCGCAGGAAGAGAUCAUGCAAAUGAAGAAUGACAUGGCGAAACGCGCCGAGCGGGCGAAGAUCCAAGAGACGAAGUACCGCGAGACCCCCGACAUCGUCGUGCGCGUGCACUGCAAGUACCGCGCGGAGCUCUACUUCAAGAUCUCGCGCAAGACGAAGCUCUCCCGGCUCUUCAACGCGUGGACGGAGCGCAUGGAGUCCGGCGUCGUGAAGGGCAGCAAGAUCCUCACCGGCACGCCGCCUCAGCCGCCGAAUGGCACAGCACUCACGACAAGCUCGACGAGCUCUAGCGGGCCGGCGUCGAAGAGCUCGAUGCAGUUCAUCUUCACGCACGCAGGCCGGAGUCUUGAGGCGGACCAAACACCGGAGGAGGCGGGGAUCGAGGACGGCGACAUGAUCUUGGCUGUGGAGAUCAUGGACCUGACGGAAGGACCGGGCACCGAGGAGGUGGACGAACCCGAGCCCAGGCGCCAGAAGUUGAAGAAGGAAUGGGUGGAGAAUCCGUCAGAAGCUAAGAAGACUGUGGAAGAUAUCUUCGACAGCGUUGUCCGCGAACGUCUCAAGGAAGUUCUCCGGCAAUAUGAGCUACGAGAACGGCACUUCGAAUGCGUUAUUCGUUCGAAGGAACUUGAAGUCCUGCUCUCCCGCGCGCGUGCCGCGGAACAAAAGCAGCUCGCAGAGGGCCAAAAUACACGAGCUGAUAAGCUCGAUGAGCAGGUCAAGCAGCUGCGCAAGGAGCUGGAGGACGUCACGGAGCAGCAGACAGUGCUCGUCAACAAACUCUUGGCUUGCUGUCAUGAGUCAAAUGACGCGCGGAUACAACAACUGUUUGGCUCUCUUCGAGAAGAGCUAGAAACACGCUGGAAGCCGACUCUGAACGGCACGGCUAAUCGCCCACCAGACGACGAGACCAUUAUAUGACCCCGGGGACGGCGGACAUGGUGGAUGAUGGGUCGGCGAGGACACUGGUUCCCUGUACGUGCCUGCUCGGCCACUACGCAUCCUGUAUAUCCGCAUCGUUCUUAGGUCCAGUAACUGCCACCUCGCUUCAGGGCAGCUCACACACCGACAGCGCACGC